CCUGCCCAGUCAUUUUUUAAAUCUUAAAAAAGAAAAGAAAAAGAAAAAGGAAAAAGGAGAGGCUUAUCAUCGUGCACAAGGCCCUGUGUUUGAGUCCCAGUACCUCCUAGAAGUCAAGCAUGUCAGCACAUUCCAGAAAUUCCAGGUCUCAGGAGGUAGAGACGGAGGAUCAGGAGCUCAAGGCUGCACAGUGAGUUCCAGGCCAGCCUGGAAUACAUAAGACCCUGUCUCAAAACAAAGCAGCAAAAUGAAAUAAAAACAUCCCUCUACCCACUCUUGACAGCCCAACCGUAUUCCGCCUUUGGAUCUGCUCAGUGACCUUGCCCCUGGGAACUUUUUAGUCCCUUCCUGGCUCCUACAGUACAGGAGCCAAGGAGGACCAGAGUUCCAGUGAGGUGCUACUGUCCCCGACCCUCAGCUAUCCUCUGGCCACCCACUCUUCCAGGCUUAGCUAAGGGCUCCCCUCUUCCAGAAAGCUCCCAGAAUCCUCUGGGCUACACAUCAUUCUGUGUGGCCCUCUUCUGAGCCUACCCCCACAACUCCUGGCCGGUGCAGGAACCAGCAAUAGCCCAUUCCGUGUCCCCAGGGCUUAGCCCAGGACCAGGCUGCUUGCUGAGAGUCUUGUUAAGGAGGGAAAAUCUACACAAACAUCACAGCUUCCAGUGGACCUGUGGAUGCCAGAUGUGUGACUGGGCUGGUAUGGAACAACCAGCAGCCAUCUCCCCCUGUGGGUCAGGCUCUGUCACCCUGCAUGCAUUCUGUGUGGAUCACCUCUUGGGCAGGGCUUCUGCCCUCCACUCUUAGAGGUUACAUAGCCGUUUACUGUAGCCUCAGGUCCCACAGCUUCAGCUACUGAGCCCUCCACGUCCUUCAGGCAAGAUGAUAACCCCAGUCGGGCAUCCCGGGAAAUCAGUGGAAGCCAGCCUCUUCCCUUGUAAGGACAGCCACACCCUAUCUGUCCACGCCGCUGAAGCUGCCUCUGUCACACACACCCUCUACAGUUGGCUCCAUCUUCUUUCUAUUCCGUCUGUGAUGAAAGACCCCCCCCCCAGGCUCUGAUAAACAAGGCCAAGGGGCUUUCUGAGCAUUGCCAACAAGACAGAGCACCUCAGAAAAGAACCUGUCACCCAAGGGAAGGAGAGUUUUGCCCCUCAACCACUCAAGGACUCUGCCAGUCCAGCUCCCACGCCCCUGUCUGUUGUUGGGGAAGAUAGGUGUCGGGUUACCAGUCCAGGGGCUAUAGUUAGCCCCGGGGACUUUGUUCGGCAGUCCGGGAUCUGCGCAGCGCCUGCCCGCACCUCAGCCCUAGUCUGCCGCAAAAAGGAUCGGAGCCCUAGGCCACUCUCGGCCUCCCCCACCUCCAGUCCUUGACUAAGGACCCUCAGGGUGCAGGAAGAAGGUCCUGGAGCCCAUCCAAGCCAGCACCCCGUCUCCACUGGCCUCAUCAUUAUCUGGAUCCUGCCAUCCUGGGAGUCCUCCAAGGAUGAUUCUGGAGGAUCUGCUGAUGGUCCUCAGUUGCCUCGGCCUGCAUACCCUUUGGAAGGUCCAAGCUGUUCCUAUCCUGCCCCUGAGCCUGGUUCCAGACACCUUCGAUGAUGCCUACGUGGGUUGCUCUGAGGAGAUGGAGGAGAAAGCAGGCCUGCUGCUGAAGGAGGAGAUGGCCCGCCAUGCCCUGCUCCGGGAAUCCUGGGAAGCAGCCCAAGAGGCCUGGGAACGCCGGCGGCACACGCUCACUCUACCUCCUGGCUUCAAAGCCCAGCACGGAAUAGCUGUUAUGGUGUACACCAACUCAUCCAACACCUUGUACUGGGAGCUGAACCAGGCUGUGCGGACUGGAGGUGGCUCCCGGGAGCUCUACAUGAGGCACUUCCCCUUCAAGGCCCUGCAUUUCUACCUGACCCGGGCCCUGCAGCUGCUCCGGGGCACCCGAGGCUGCAGUAGGGAAGACGGGGAGGUGGUGUUCCGAGGCGUGGGCAGCCUUCACUUUGAACCCAAGAGGCUGGGGGACUCGGUCCGAUUAGGACAGUUUGCCUCCAGCUCUCUGGAUGAAACUGUGGCUCGUGGGUUUGGUAAUGCCACUUUCUUCAAUCUAAGGACUUGUUUUGGGGCUCUUAUCCAGGCUUUGUCUGUCUUCCCUGAGGAGCGUGAGGUGCUGAUACCCCCACAUGAAGUCUUCUUGGUCACUGGGUUCUUCCAGCAUGGAGCCCAGAGCAUAGUAACUCUCUGGAGUUAUAAUCAGACCUGCAGCCACUUUAACUGCGCCUAUUUGGGUGGGGAGAAGAGGCACGGCUGUGUGUCCUCAACAGCAGGAGGGCAGCCAGAGUCAUCCUCCACAGAGGCCUUGGCUCUGCAAUCAGGGAAGACGCUGCUCUUGGACCCUGGGGAGUUGCAGCUCUCAAGAGCUGGACCCUGAGAGCCUCUUGGAGUCUUGGGAACUGAUGACCUUUCCAUGAAGACGGGCCUUUGCGUGGCCUGGAGAAGCAAGAGUGUGGUUCUGGUUCUAGUGCAAUGGGCUACCUCUCCAACCAGGGUUGGAGACCUGAGGCCGUGGCAGGGUUGGGGGAACCCCACUAUGUGGUGGGGACUUCCCAGGACAUGCAAGGUCAAGACUGGAUGGCUACUCAAUUAAACGGAGUUGUGGUAUAG